AUGGCUUCCAUUGUGGUUGAACCCCCUUCGACCGUUACGACGGGAACGCAAAUGUACCCACCAGUAGUAGCCCGCAUUCGUAUUUCGGGCAUCCAGGAUGGCGGAGCAUACGUCUAUGGCCAGGCAAUUCUUCUCGACGGCGCCGGCAACGUCCUGGCUAACCAGCUGGGCGGCACCGUUGUUGUCACUCCGACUGUUUUAGCUGAUAGCAGUAGCCGUCGUGGCGGAAGCAGCAGCCGCAACAACAGCCCCACGUCGCUUUACUUCGCCUUUCUCGACCUUAGCAUCGCCUGGCCCGGAGUGUACAGCAUACGCAUCGACAUCCACAUGCUCGACUACAACGAUGCACAGGGUUCGCGAUAUCUGGCUUCGGCCGAGACCCAGACUAUCACGGCGCUCGACGAGUCCGUUGCGGUUGGUCGACCUUCUCAAUCCGAACGCGACAUUAUCCGUCGCCUUCAAGGUGCUGGCGUUCCCAUUCCCAGCUGA